AUGAAUUUAAAAAUUAUUUCUAGAAGGAUUAGUAUAAUACUAACAUCCUUCAAUGAUGCACAUAAAUCUUAUCCCACUAUCAGGGAGCAUACAGUACUAUCUGAUGAUAUUGUGAAUGCAGACAAUGGAGGUGCAAAGCGAGGUGAAAAUGACAUGCACUCAUCAGCUUCUACCAAAUUAAGGACAAGUUUUCUGGCCCGUCUAAAGUUCAAUUCUAAAAUUUAUGACACAAAAAGAACUUGCGGUUUUAAACUGCUAAUUCACAGUAACCGACUGCUUUUUGCGAUUUCAAAAAUCAACAUAUCACAAAUAGUCGGUCGGUUUGCGGUUUGGGCAAAAAUUCGGGGUUACCGAACCACAACCACCCCUAGACAUGAGGGGUUUUUUGGAAGUGAUUUUAAGUCACUAGAAGAUAUUGAAGAAGCUGACCAUAUUAAUGCUAAGUCAUGGGUUGCAUCAGAUGGGGAAGAAGGUGGUUCGACUAAGAGGUUCACAGAAUACAAUCCUGAGACAGACAACCAUGAUUCACAAUUUAAGUUAGGAGGGUGUAAAAAUGGGUUCAAAGAAGGUUAUAUGCCUCUAAUUGGGCAAAAAGGAUUGCCUGGAGCAUUUGAAGAUGUAGUACCUAAUGUUGAGCAUCGUUUUUGUGCUAGGCAUAUAUUCAGCAACUACAUAAAACUGUACGAAGGCAAGGUACUUAAGGACAUGUACUGGGGUUGUGCAAGAGCCACUGUAGGUGAGAAAUAUAUGAGGUGA